AUGCGACCAACGGCAAAGAUGGCAAAUAUCCCCAGUGGCAUUUCAAUACUACUGAUACGAAGGAGUGAUUUUCCUGAUCAAAAACUUCCACCGGUUGAUAGGCCAAAACCACCUAAGCGUCCUACGAGGGACUUUAGUGAAGUGUCUAAUCGACAAAAAUGCACAAAAUUAACCGAUCUGAACUCUCAACUGGAUGAAUUUGCAAAAGAAAAUAAUAUUGAUGUGAAUCAGGUGCUCGGAUAUGUAUUGUACCAGUGCAAUUACAAUACAAAAAAGCAUUUGGCAAAAUUAGGCGACGAACUGUAUAGAACGGGAAAUAUUGCCGAAGCAGCUCAUAGUAGUCUCGAUCUCGAUCACACACUUGCACUCAAAACACAUAUCAACAUGAGUCGCAAUGAUAUGGAUUUUAUAAAGAGCUACUUCCGCGAGUCUAUUCACAUUCCCAAUCGAAACGUUAUUAGGGAACAUUCUCAAAUGUUAGUUCCAGCCGUCGAAGAAUGCAGAGAGGGACGAGGUAUCACGGUUGUGAAAGUGAGCGACAGUGUUUCCUUAACUAUCAAAAGACUCAUUGAUCAAUCACUCAAACAUAAUAUUCCUCUUUCUACUGAUUUACUCUACCGUCAAAAAACGGGUCAUGAUGGAGCUGGUGGACAAAGUAUCUAUAGAGCAAAUCAAAAUCCUAUGACAGAUGCAAAUAUUUUUUCGAAAAUGAUGGGGCCUCUUUCUCUUUCGGACAGCGCUACUGGAGAAACGUUCUGGCGAAACCAAGCGCCAAAUAGUGCAUUUUGGACGAGGCCAUUAGCGCUGAUAGCUGAGAAAGAAAAUUUCGAACUUAUUCGCUUCGUGAAUGAAACAUUCGAGCCUCAAGAACAGAUGCUACGAGAAAAUGGCCUUUCUUUUGAUCAUAACGGACAAACCUACAAAGUAUUCAUAGUUAUUGAAGAUUCAAUGAAAGACAUGAAAGUACGCAUGGUCGAAUCCGGUCUAGGAGGGGCCGACUGUCUUAUAUGUUACACGCGACAAACGGAAUGGAAAGACGUGAAGAAAUUGAAUGAAGAAAAUGCCUUUCUCAUUACUCGUACAGCUGAAAAGACGAUGAAUUUGUACAAUGAAAUGAUCGAGGAGAGUGGAGAAAUUAAGAAAAGAAAAAAUGACUAUGAAACGAGAGCGGGUCUAACAUCUGAGCCUCUUUCUACUAGCGAUCACCAUUUUCUCACUCUAAUACAUCAAUAUAUCAAUGGAACUACUUGA